AUGCGCCUGUCCCCCGUGUUUAAUGAAGAGGAAAACACUCUCUUGCGCGAUCUCAAUGCGCUCCUUCGACACUAUACAUUUUUCACAAUCGACGACCAGACGGGCGCCCAGUUGAGUCGCACCGAAGCCUACGAUAGACAUUGCGCAAACCUAUCAAGACUCCAGAAGACAUCAUUGAAGCACUUCAAAGACAAACUGACAGUCUUGGCGCUGUCAAAUUAUGGCUCCAUUGACAAGAGAGACGAGCUUUCCGGGCUCUUGGAACCCCUUACCGACGAAGAGGUCGUGGAGCUGGCGGCAUUGCUUCGUCUUCGAACCUCGUAUCCCGAGUCCGUAGGCUUGAGCAUUGACCGCAAGUUUCUCAUCGAGACGCUGCUCUCGACCUUCGAACGGCGGAAAACUUUCCAAGAGGUUGCUCGGGACAUGAGUCUGGUCCCUACCGAGCACUCAUUGUUUGAGAACAACAUUAUGAGGACGGACAACUACGACGGAUCUCACCCCCUGGCGUUGCCAAAACUGAAUCUGCAGUACUUGUCCGUUGGGGAUUUUCUGUGGAGAUCGCUCGUCCUCUAUCGUGCCGAGGCUUUCUAUGGCAUCAGGAAAGACGUGGAAUCGGCCACCCGACGUCUUCGGCCCGAGAGCCGGAGACCAGGAGAAAUCACUUUCCAAGGGUUCUCUAAGAUGGCGUUGCCAACAUCGAAGCCCUCUAUUCUUGAGGUGGCACCCGCCCUUGUGGGAGACGACAAGCCAUCUUUAGUUCGGGCAGAGAUCUCCAUCGACGUUCGCCGCUUGAACGACGCCAUCAAGCGCGAAUGGGACUCGUUGAGGCCAGACGAUGUUGUCUUUCUUUUGGCCAUUGAGGCGCCAGCCGCCAAGAGCAUCGCCAACGGAGAUGGUGCACAUUCAGAAGCUGAAAAGCUUGGUGUUGUGUCCAUCCGUUCUGCCGAGAUCAUCCAGAUCACCGACGACAAGGGAAAAGUGGUCCGGGAUGGUUCGGGACACUACGACAGUCGUCGUCGUUUCCAGCUGAGGCUGGAUCCAAGGACAUACACUGCAGACGCUGAGCGCUCGUCAUCGAACCCUCCGGAGGCUUACGAGCGAAUCAAUGUUGUCAUGCGCCGCAGCGGAAGGGAGAACAACUUCAAGCCGGUUCUGGAAUCUAUCCGUAGUCUGACCCUUUCCGAAGUCCCCAUCGCUUCAUGGUUCCAUGAAGUCUUCCUUGGCUAUGGCGACCCUGCCGGCGCAACCUACAAGCAACUGCCAAAUCGCAUCAAGGCCAUUGACUACCGCGAUACUUUCUUGGAUUGGCAGCAUCUCACGGGAAGCUUGCCUGGCAAGGUUGUCGAGCCUAGAGACGAUGUUUCUGGUAGCUUUGGCCCGCCCUACGUCUUGGAGACGGCCGAACGCCAAGCAGUUGAGCCACCAUCAAAGCCUUCCAAGAAACGCCGCCGAGACGUUGAGCCUGCUCUUUUGGCCGAGGUAGAGACCGUCAAGGUUUCGACCUACAAGCCACCCAACAUGGGACCGUACCCCGUCGAUGCGCCAAAGCUGAACAAGAUCCGUUUCACUCCGGCACAAAUAGAGGCGAUCACGUCUGGAACGCAACCCGGACUCACCGUCGUCGUGGGACCCCCUGGCACGGGCAAGACGGAUGUCGCAACGCAGAUUAUCAACAACAUCUACCACAAUUUUCCAGAGCAAAAGACGCUCCUGAUAGCACAUAGCAACCAGGCGCUCAAUCAGCUGUUUGCGAAGAUUGUGGCCUUGGAUAUUGACGCGCGCCACCUACUUCGUCUUGGACAUGGUGAAGAGGAACUUUACACCGAAGGAAGCUUCAGUAAGCAUGGCCGUGUCGAAUCCUUUCUGGAGAAUAGAGAUAGAUACUUGCACGAGGUCAACCGCCUAGCCGCCAGCAUUGGCGCCCCGGGUGCGCACGGCAACUCUGCGGAAACGGCCGGCUACUUCAACUCCGUGUAUAUCGAGCCAGCCUGGGCGAAGUUUACGGAACUCGUCAAGGCAGAGGACAUAACGGCUGCUGAUGUUGUUAGAGCAUUUCCCUUCCAUCAGUUCUUUUCGGAUGCGCCGCAGCCACUGUUCCCACCCGAGGCAGACAAGGACACUGUCUUAGAGGUCGCCAAUGGUUGUUACCGGCAUAUUGCGAAGAUCUUUUCUGAACUGGCCGAUGCGAUGCCGUUUGAGAUCUUGCGACGGGACCGAGACAAGGCUAACUAUCUGCUGACCAACGAAGCGCGCAUCAUUGCCAUGACGUCUACACAUGCAGCAAUGAGACGCGGAGAGAUCGCAUCACUUGGAUUCCAUUACGACAACGUGGUCAUGGAGGAGGCGGCUCAAAUCACCGAAAUUGAGAACUUCAUUCCGCUGGCCAUGCAAAAGCCGCAGAAGGGGCAAAUGGGCCUCCAGCGAGUUGUUCUCUGUGGUGAUCACUUCCAGAAUUCCCCAGUCAUUCAGAGCAUGGCGUUCCGCCACUAUGCGAAUCUCGAGCAGUCGCUCUUUUCACGACUUGUUCGUCUCGGCGUCCCCAGCAUCAACCUCGACCAGCAAGGCAGAGCCCGGCCGUCCAUCGCCAGCCUUUACCAGUGGCGCUACCCCAAGUUGGGCAACUUGCCGCACGUCGAAACUGAAGGCGAAUUCCUUGCUGCAAAUGCAGGCUUUAAGUACGACUACCAGUUCAUCAACGUGCCCGACUACAAGGGGCGCGGCGAGACAGAACCCACCCCCCACUUCAUCCAGAACCUCGGAGAGGCUGAGUACGCGGUGGCCGUAUACCAGUACAUGCGACUGCUUGGUUAUCCGGCGUCGAAGAUUAGUAUCCUGACGACAUACGCUGGCCAGCGAGCCCUGGUGAAGGACGUCUUGGCCCACAGAUGUGCCAACAAGGCGAUCUUCGGAAUGCCUAGGAUCGUCACUACCGUGGACAAGUACCAGGGCGAGCAAAACGAUUACAUCAUUCUGUCGUUAACUCGCACAUCAAGGGUCGGAUACCUGCGUGAUAUCCGUCGCCUGACGGUUGCGCUAUCUCGUGCUCGCCUUGGCUUAUACAUCCUCGGUCGCCGCGACAUCUUCGAAACAUGCUACGAGCUACGGCAAGCGUUCGAGCAGCUCCUGUCUCGACCCGAUAAGCUUAUGCUUGUCACCGGUGAACUCUAUCCCACGGAGAGAUCCCUCCUCACUGGUGGCACCAACGUCGAAGUUCCUGGAGAGGUGUGCAUGGAGGGGGUAGAGCACCUUGGACAGUACGUGUACGAGAUGAGUAAGACGAAAGUCCGCCAGCUGCAAGCGGAGGGUGUGAUACCUGACGAUGGUGAGAUGGGGGUGCAAGGGAUGCCGCAGGAAGCCGUUGAAGAGGUAGUAGAGAACGGCGAUGACAUUGAGGCGGAGGAACAGGUCGAGGAGUGA